AAAACAUCGUUCUCUAGUUCUCACUUGACCCAGGAGCUUCAGGACGUUUGGAAGCAAAAUGCGUCGGUUAAUCUACAUAUUGAUAUGUCUAUUUAUCCCUUAUGUCGUGAUGGAUACAACUCCAUCAAGUAUAACUGUCGAAGAAGACUGUGGAAUGCCAACGAUCAACGUAAACACUGUAGUAAAUGUCAACUACCGAUAUGACUUGGACAGGGUGGCUCAUUUGGACACCAAGUUCCCUUCUGGGACCAUACUGAUAACGCGGUGCUAUGAUAUCGGUAAAUAUCAACUCAUUAAUGGAGGAGAAAGAGUCUGUACGGAUGGAAGUUGGACAGGGUUCCCAGCUACAUGUAAUUGGUUAGACAAUAGAAUUCGAUUUGUUAAAUAUGGAAAGUACAAAACGCUCCCACGUCAAGUUGCACCGAACAGUUCCUAUAUCAUGAAUAUUGAGGAGGGCGCAAAACUAAAAGUUGAAUGUGGAGUCAAAGAUGACGCUGAGCUUCGUUUUGAGCCUUUUACUGGUAGCACUCAACUACAGGUUCAUGGAGAUAGAAUAUUGAUUGGUUCAAAGAAGAUAUAUUAUGUAAUUGACUCACUUGAACAUUCUGGAAUCUACACCUGCUGGGAUAAAGACAACCAAGACGCCCCGCCUAUAAAAGUGGAGGUUCGGGUGGUUGAUCCUAUUUACUGCUCACCUCCACCGACUUCUAAUAUUGAACAUUUUAUUUAUUCAAAAAUCGCUGAUGGUAUCAAGUUUCCACUGAAUGCAGAGUUGACAUAUUUUUGCCCCCAACAAUACAGCCUGAUAGGUGAGACUAAGCUAAAAUGUCUUUAUGAUGGACUUUGGGAUUUUGAAUUUCCGCAUUGUAUGUCUUUGUCGUGUGAAAGUCCACCAUUGGACAUUGACCAUGGGAUUGUAAUAGGAAGUGGAAAUGCCAUGGAUACAGAAAUUGGAAUUUACUGUGAAACUGGUUUUCAUAUACCAGGCACGGAGGAAGGAAAGCUUAAAAGCGUAUGCACAGACGGAGAAUGGGUGCCAGCUUUACCUUCGGAUUGUAAAAAUACAACUAAAUGUGAAAAUGUGCCUGUAAACAUUGCAAAUGGCUUUAUUGUAAUGAAAGAUGACACAAAUGGAACAUCCGUGACAAUAAUCUGUAAUAAAGACGCCUUUGUCACAGGAACUAACGAUACCAGGACCACCAUUCGUUGCGUUGAUGGAAAAUGGGAUCAUCCAUUCCCAUCAUCAUGUAAAGAACCAACAUGUCCACCUCCUCCAUUAACAUUAUGGAAUGGUAUUGUCAGAAGGCAAGGCAAUACAUUAUUAUACAUUUGUGAUGACGGUUACUAUAUACCCACUACAUCAGACGUGGAACUCGUAGUAACAUGUGAAAAUGAAGAGUGGGAUAAAGACUUCCCAGUAGGGUGUGUUGAUUCUGAAGAAGGGUUACUAAAUUUGAAUUCAUUUUCUUCUUCCGAUGAUGAAAGCAACAAACCUGAUGAAAGCCCACAAUCUUCGGGAGAAACGGAGAUUAAAAUCGAGGAAAGUUCGUCCAGUUCUUCGUAGGAUAACUAAGGCGGAACCUAUUUGUAAUAGUACUGACCUGGAGAUGACUAUUUCCAUCAGUGAAUGGCUGAGACCAGCAGCAACAAAGCCCUCCAAUGUGGAGUUGACUGUAGACAUCGCAUUAGUAGGAGACUGUUACUGUCCUUCGGGCUCACUAAACACUGAGUUGUUGAUUUUCCUGCGCUAUACUAAAGGAAGCUUUUCGUUGCUUAAAUAAUCUUACAUUGGUGAACACACUACUACUUUGCAAAAUUGGCCAUAAAAUUAAUAACAAAUAAAUAGCCUCAUGAUGUCAGUCUCUGUUGCCCUAAUAUGAUGGAAUACAACAAUAUAAUUUUUUAGCUUUUAAUGUAAAAAAAUCACAAAAAAAAAAUCUCAUUGUUUUCUAACAGAAAUAUAAUUUGCUUUUAUAUUAGGGACUAUUUUCAUAAUAAAAAUUUAAUGGGAAAUUGUUUAGAGACUUUCAUAGUAAAAACUGUAUAAAUCUGACAAAACACCAUAAUUGUUUAAAAUUUUGUAUCCCAAUUGAAAUAAAUAUUAAAUAUGAUAAAAUUUUGAUCAAUUUGAAAAAUAAUAAAAUAUGAGUAGCAAAAGUUGUAAAAAAAACUACUAUCACAGAAAAACAACAGUAAUGGUUAAUUAAUUAAAUUACAAGUAUAAAAAUAGCUUUAACAACACAAAACUAGAAUCUUUAGCGGAUUUAUGCUGGAAUUAAUAUACGAAGUUAAACAUCGUAACAUGUUUUUGAUCAUAAAUUUUAAGUUCCUUUUGUCUGUAGAGACCAAGCUGGAGACUCACCUUAUUUCUUUUUAGUAUGAUAUUAUAUUAUUCAAUUCAAUAAAUAUCGCAACUAAUCUCAAAACUGCUACUUUUACUUUACAGAAUUGCAGGGUUGGCGUCAGUCGGGGAGGUUGCUUCGGGAGAGCUUCCCCUCCUCCUCCCCGCCCCGCCGGUGGAGAAAACCCACAAUGAGUCGGGGAGAAAUAAAAUUAUAUGUAUUUUUGACAUAUUAUUAGACUAUCUAUAAAAUUGAUUAAAUACAACUUUUAAACACCUAAAUUUUCAUAUUUUUCGGGUUCUUCGCCCUGGUCCACUUUCGAAACAUUUUGAGCGGCGCCCGACCACGCCCACUUUGCUCAUGUAGGGAAACUCGCCCCCAAUCCCAUCAAAGUUAACACGAAAAAAAUGUAAUAAUAGGUUCAUAAAACUAUUAUUCAAUAUAGUAAUUGAAAAAUUUAUAUAAAUCGGUUUAUUUCUUCAUAGUUAUUCAUAAUUCAUUAAUACAUUCAUAAUUAAAUAAUCAAUUGAAUUGAUUAUUAUAGUAAAUAUAAUUAUUUGUGUAAAGUAAUUAUAUUCAUUUUUUAAAUCUUGAAGUUAGCGCUUGCAAACAUAAGAAAUAACAAUAAUUACGCAGCUAAACGGUGAUCACAACUAAAUAGAGAACAUAGAUGCCAUAUUGUAUACGUCAUCAAAAAAUAGAGGGCAAAAUAAACAUGAGAUAAAAAAAAAUCAAACAUGAAA